AUGCGUCAGCCACUUCUCUACGCAAUCCUUCUCUCCUUACUACCACUAUGCUUAGGCAAAGGAUUGGAAUGCGCUGUUUGCCAGCAGUUUGUCGAAGGGAUAGACAAAAAGGAGAUCGAAGAGGACAAAAACCUGAAGAAAAAAGCCGAGCACGAUUGUCGCCAAAUACUUGACAUGCCCGUUAUUGAUGACUAUUGUGUGAAACUCGUUGAUGAAGAAUUUGAUAAAAUCACCCAGAUGAUCCUCAAUGAUGAGAAACCCAGUGUGAUAUGUAAGAAAAUUGACAUGUGUUGA